AUUUCAGUCAAGCCAUCACCAUCUGAUGAAGGGCUCAGAAGAUCUCAAAGAACCAGAUUGAAGCCCAUCGAAUGGUAUAAAAACGAACGAGUUGUUUUUGACUAUAGGAGAAGAUCUGGUCCAGCUAUUAUUGGGGCGAAGCCCUCAUUGGAAAUUAAGUAUAAAAAACUGGAGGAAAAGAAGAGCAAGAGCAAAAAACUAAAAUAUCAGAUAAGGUAAGCUUCUCAACAGGGAAAGGACAAACCAUACAGGAAACUGUCUAUACACAGAGAAAUCCCUCCUGAUAUAGAUCUAGCAGACAAAUCUGACCCUGAGAUUACUAUCUACAACCAAAACAUAGAGUCAGAAGAUGGCAUAGCGUGUAUAGGGAAACAUGAAGCAUUUAAAGCUGUUGGUCCCAGCCAUAAAACACCAAAGAAAAAAGAUCCUUACCUCAUCACUAAACAUCUGAGUCAUCCAUGUAUGUCAGCAGGCAGUUUGUCUAUUAAACCAAAUGCUGAAAAACCCGAGCAAUUAGUAACAGCUGAUUUUAUUGUUUUCUUCAUUGAUCAUGGUAAAGUUCUGGUAAAAAUUCAUAACACAACAACAUUAUUAGAGUCAGGAGAUACAUUCAUGGUUCCUAUAGGUAAUACAUACAGUAUAUCAAAUCUACGAAACGAUACUGCCAAGUUUUUCUACACCAUACAUAAACAGUGGGAGAAUUCUGAUUCAGGGGACAAUUCAGAUGCUUGUGAUGUCAAUAAUGGCAAUGGAAAGUCUAAAAGAAUGAGUAAUGGGCCUGAUAUAUGCUGAUUAAGAUCAACCAUUAUAACCCUGCAAGAGGGCACAUGAUCAUAAAGUUACUGGAGCAGUAUUGCUUGUGGUUCAAAAAUAUUUCUGGUGCUUCAUGGAAAAGUAACGCCAAAAGUCAUGAAUUUGUGUUUAAUUGAAUUUAUGAAGUAAAUUUAGUUCUGUGACUGUACACAUAUUUUCCUAUAUUUUUUAAUGUAUAUGUAUAUAUUCUUACUGUCACAAAUAUAAUAUAUAUUCUUUACUCAUACGUGUAUAUAUUUUAAAUGCCUUUCUUCAAUUAAAUGUCUUACACUUGAUAUUACACUUGAUAUGGUAAAUAGUAAUAUUGGACUGUACAUACUUUGUUAUGUCAGAAUUUAUCAGAUUUACAUUAGUGGUGAUGUUAAUGAGAUAUAUGAAACCAGACCAAUAUGUUAUACAACAGCAAGUUAAUGUUGUAUUUUUGUAUUGUAUUUAUAUUUUUCUUUGGUUACUUGUCUAUUUAGUGAACUUUUUACAACAAUUCUCAUGUUGUAUUUAGAACAAUCAUUAAAAUUGAAAUUAAUGCUUUGUAUUAUUUGAAUAUUUACAAUGAAAUGAACUUGAAAAGUCAAAUAUAAAUAUGAUAAACUGUAUAUGUUUUUUAAUUUGAUUAUUGCCCAGUAUAAUAGAGUGUUAAUGGUAAGCUUUUAGAAUAGUUAAAUGUCAAUAAAUUAUACCCAGUUUUAGAAAAUAAUAAUAAAAUAACCUUAAACUCUUAGCCAGAAAUAGACAAAAUUCUUAAGA